UUUCAUCUUUUGCACGCAACUUUCUUCCUUUCAUAUUUUGCCACUCAAUUCCACAGACCGCCAUACAAUUCCUCAUUCUUAUCUUCUCUUCCUCACACCCAUUUGCCGCCUUUCUCCUCAAAUACGGUUCCUUUCGGUUUUAUUUAAUUGUUUCCCCUUUCUUCUUUACUCUUCUUUCAUGUUUGCUUCUUUGUGUUUCUCUAUGUUUCUUUUCUAGGUAUGUUGUGUACUGCUUCUUAAUUUACCGUUGUUACAAUCUGAUGUCGGGAAUCAUACGUCUCUAUUUCCGACUCCAUCACCACCAUACGGCGUCUUUGUUACUAUCCCCAUCUUCACCUAAUUUCUUCACACUUCUGGCUCACAACUAUUUACUGUUGCAACAUUCCACAGAAGAACACCCACCAAACUCCUCCGCUGGACCGACUUUUAUUGCUCGGCGACACCGGCUGCUGCUCCAUCUCUUCCUUUACGCUUAAACAAAGCAAUUGGAGCUGAUGGUAAGGACUGUGAAGAAUCAUCAUCACGAAGAAGAAGAGGAUGACGAAGAUUUCAUUCGGAGAACGACUGAUGGCUCCUCACAGAAAGAUGGAAGGAGGCAUCUCCGCCUCCUGUAUCAAAUCACCCCCUUCAUCGAUCCAUGCUUUACUUUUUUUUUUUUUUAAUUUCAUCAACGCCUCAUCGGGUGGAAUUUGCCAACUGCUCGACAUAUUGCUCCAAAGAGCAAGUCACCGCCCAUCACUCACUACUCCAUCAAGCUCUGCAAUAUGAAAACGGUACAUCAGUUCAAACUAUGAUGCGGUAUCCAUCAUAUAUGAUGUUUAUAAAUAUGCCAAAACACAUGGAUAGAAGAUGCAGGCACUGAUGUACUUAAAGCAUGUAUCCUUUUUUACUAUUUUUACUUUCGUUCCUUUGACUAUUUAUAUUCAACAAAAACAUCCCCCCUUUGGAAUACUAUCUUCUUCAUCUGUCCUUUUAUAUAUACAAGAGUCUUGCACUGUUGGCCACAUGAAAAAAAUCAUAAUGUCUUUUUUUUUUAUUAGCUAUGGAUAAACAACCAAAUAUUAGGGCCCGAUUUUGGGUUCAUCACACGUUUAAGCAGCCAGGUAUCGAUGCCCCUUCUUUCAUCUUUGUUUUCUCAAUUUCAUAAGUUAGGAUUUAGUUUUGGGUUUAUGAUGAUUAGAGCCCAUUUGGCAAUUGUGAUGGAAUAUGCUUCUGAAGGGAAACUUUUUGACCCCAGCCCAUUUGUCAAUCCUUUUUUUUUUUAAUUUUAUAUGAAGUUAUUUGUUGUUUUUCUUUCUUGCAAACAUUUAAUUAUGUUGAUUAUGAGCAGGCUCGAUUUUUCUUUCAACAACUUAUAUUUGGUGUCAACAACUGUCACUUUAUGCAAGUUUGUGUACUCUAUGACAUUCAAGCAGUGGAAAAACAUUGAUGUGAACAAAUUUCAUAAAACUUACGAUAGAUUUGGAUGAAAGUAGGAGAGAAUUGGUUCAAAUAGCCAAAAAAAAAGAAGAAACCCAGCACCAAAGGCGCAUCUAAUUCCAUCUAGUUCUAAUUAAACGCUUCCAUGCCACAUGACCGUCACAAUAUAUAUCGAGGAUUCGUUGAUCAUAACCGACACACCAAAUGAAUUACUAAUAAAGGUUAGGAUAUGUUGGGAUUAAGGCCGAAAAUAUGGGGGCCAAAUUGCAAAAAACCGUUAUGAAUACCCCAUGAAGUCGUCGAUCAGGUUUAAGGCCCCAAAAACCGUUCGUUCUUUCUUCCUCCAUCCCUAUACAUGCGUUGUAGUCACCCCAUCAGUGCUUUUCUAGGGUUGCGACGUGAUCAGAGGACAAAAGAAAAAGAAACGUGCGUGUAAGGAGGGAAAUAAGAACGCAAGUCGAAAGUGAGAGACGGGAACAGUGGAAAUAAUAGUCGACUUCACAAGGGACGACCUUGAGGCUGUUUGAAUCGAUUUUCUCCUUUGGGGCAAGGGUGAUAUUCCAACCAAUACAAGAUUUGAACUGUGAGUUGGUCAUAUCUUUGGCAAAGGUAGCUUGACAUGAUGCUUUGGUGAAUAUGGGAGCUUUUGGGUAGUCUUAGUUAGUAUCUUUAGUUAUGAUACCAUUUGGACAUGUUGAGUUUCAUCAUUAUGUUUUUGUGAACUUUAAUUUUUGAUGGGU